CACAGGUGCGAGGAGAUGAACUUCAGGGGGCUCCGCCGAUUCGUCACCGCCCACGUCCGGGACCGCCAGUGGCUGCGCCAGGUCGGCCCGGACGCGCUGCGUAGCGCAGAGGACCCCGCCUCGCUCGUGCUCCGAGCCGUCGGCCGCUACUACAUCUGCGCCGAGAGCGGCGACGCGGAGGCCGCGUGCAUGCUCCUCCUCGAGCUCUACGUGCGCGCCGGGUGCCCCCGCGGCCGGGAGCGAGGCCACAGGGAGGCGGAGGCGGAGCUGCGGCAGGAAGCGCGCGAGGCGGCGCUCACGUGGCGCCGCCGCCUUCUGCGCGUCAGCGGCCGGGUCGGCGACGCCGGUGCUAGGGGAGCCCGCGGCCUCGCUUUCUUCAUGGCUGCCUUCGGAGUGCCUGCCGAGUUCCCCGCGCAGGAGCUCUACGACCUUUUGGUUGCUGCGGACGUCUCAGCCUGCGCCAAGGUGCUCAAAUGCUCCAAGCUCUUUGUGAAGAAGAUGCGAGAUGUCGUUGUCGAAAUGAUAAACAAGGACAUGUAUCUUCAGGCAAUACACUGUAUCCUUGCAUUUGAGUUUCAGAAUGCUUUCCCUCUUGGUUCAAUACUCACUCACAUCAUGGAGAAACUUGAGCACGAUAAGAAAGAUGAGAAUGAGGGGAAGGCAUCGCAGGGUGAUGAGGAGUUGGCUCUUUUGAGGUCAAUAUCCAAAUGCAUGGAGGAUCACAAAUUAUGUCUCUUGGAAUUUCCUAGUUUUGCUGAGAGGAUUGCAUCGUUAGAAGAGCGUGUUGGGAAGCCAAAGCAAGCCUUUGCAGGAAUAAAGCGGAAGAGAACAACAGAAGAGGACUGUGUCGAGUAGAAUGCAUCCUAGAACCUAACUUCCCAUAUGGUUAGCUGCUUGUAAUGUGCGUUACCUAAUUCGUUUUGUACCAGAUAAGACCAGCAUCAGGGGCACAUGCACCAUCCUGAAAUCACCAGAUCAAAUAGGUUCAGCCCUUCAAAUUAUAUGCGGACUAAUCAUCAUGUUAUAGACAUGUAGAAAGUCUUCCUGAUAGCCUCCUGAAAGUCAAUAAGGAUGGAUCGUAUGUGCUACAAGAGUCCAAUUCCGUCACAGAACCUAGUAAGAGUGUAAGAAGGUUAAUGCUGAUUAGACAUGUUGAUGAUAAGCUUGACCUAUUUUGCUA